UGUUUGCUUUGCUUCGCAAGCCUUGGCACACCGAAGCCUCGCACUCAGCUCAGCCCGGCCGACGCCUUGGGCCAUGGCGUACGGCUGCCCUCCGCAAGCAGUGACGGCCAGAUUUGUGAUGGAUGGGGAGGAGCAUGAGGUACGUUAUGGACCAGGAGGAGACUUCGAGUCCCCAAUGGACUUCUUCCCGCCUUGCAAGGCAUCAUUGAGGCGUCCGUGCCAAGGCAUGUUGGGCCUCUUGGAGUCGCUGGGUGCCUUGUCCGGUCUGCCGCUGGAUGCUGCGGGGUGCCUGCAUGUGGCGCUGCCCUUUUGUGGCAGUGCGCAGGAGCUUCCAGUGCUCUCGGAGUUUCUGACCCAGCAGGUGCUAGGAAGAAACGGCGUGCGGCAGAUUUCCAUGCUGGGCUCAGACGUGGAAGACUGGGGUCCGAAGGGCGGGUACUGGCAACAGAAGGAGCUCUUCGCGCGAAGAAGAACUCCUCACCUCCGCUUACGCUUUGCCCAGCUGGAUCUGGCUGCAACUCAGCACCCGGCUGCAUCGCUCAUGUUUGCCAUCCAUCCAGAGUGCACGGUGAACCGGGAGAUGUGGCGGCGGAUUUUGGGCAACAUCAUCUCUGCCACGCAGGGCCUUUGCGAAUUCAAAGCGAGGGGCGAGGUCGUGGCAACUUUCGCAGAGGAUGAAGCCAAGGUGGUGGCCGAUGUGGGCCACAGCCUGCAGCGGCGCUGCCAGAUUCACUUGAAUCCCUUCUACGGCCCAGGUUGCACUGCACCUCCGCCGCCCUCUAUGAAAUACAUCGUGCUGGUGGCGAAGUGACAUGACGUCCCGAUGUCCAAUGGCGCCAACGCCAGGAAGUGCCGGAAGUUCGCCAAAAACAAUUCGGCGUUGCCAGCUUCCUGUGGGAGUGUCCUUCAAUUUUCUGAGAAAGUUGGCGUCAGACCGCUUUGCCAAAACGGCGACUCGAGGGGAUGUCGGUCCUGAUAAAGCCCGACACAUACGCCUUCGAGAAGGUCACAUAACUUAUGCCAUAUCCAUCCGAUGCUCAAAUAACUUGCGACACAU